AUGGGUCUCAACUUGACCCUGGCAAAAUUACCAGAUGCUGAGCCCCACGCCGGGGCCAGCGGCGGCGGCGGCGGCAACUCCAGCCAGGGCUGGGGCCGGAACGGCACGGCACGCGGCGAGUUCGACGGCAUCGUGCUGCCGGCCCUGUACCUCGUCAUCUUCGUGGCCAGCCUGCUGCUCAACGGACUGGCCGUGUGGAUCUUCUUCCACAUCCGCAACAAGACCAGCUUCAUCCUCUACCUCAAGAACAUCGUGGUGGCCGACCUGCUGAUGACGCUCACCUUCCCCUUCCGCAUCGCGCACGACGCGGGCCUGGGGCCCUGGGCCCUCAAGCCCGUCCUGUGCCGCUACACGUCGGUGCUCUUCUACGCCAACAUGUACACGUCCAUCGUCUUCCUGGGCCUCAUCAGCGUCGACCGCUACCUGAAGGUGGUCAAGCCCUUCGGGGACUCGCGCAUGUACAGCGUGGCCUUCACCAAGGCGCUGUCCGUCGGCGUCUGGGUGGCCAUGGCCGUGCUGGCGCUGCCCAACGUCGUCCUCACCAACGUGCCGCCCACCCCGGAGAACGUGCACGAGUGCAUGAGGCUCAAGAGCCCGCUGGGGCGCCGGUGGCACACGGCCGUGGUCUACGUCAACAGCUGCCUCUUCCUGGCCGUGCUGGUCGUCCUCAUCGGCUGCUACAUCGCCAUCUCCAGGUACAUCCGCAAGUCCAGCCGGCAGUUCAUCAGCCAGUCCAGCCGGAAGCGGAAGCACAACCAGAGCAUCCGGGUGGUGGUGGCCGUGUUCUUCACCUGCUUCCUGCCCUACCACCUGUGCCGCGUGCCCUUCACCUUCACGCACCUGGACCGGCUCCUGGACGAGUCGGCCCACCGGGUCCUGUACUACGGCAAGGAGAUGACGCUCUUCCUGUCGGCCUGCAACGUGUGCCUGGACCCCAUCAUCUACUUCUUCAUGUGCAAGUCCUUCUCCAGGAGGCUCUUCAAGAAGUCCAACAUCCGGACCCGGAGCGAGAGCAUCCGCUCCCUGCAGAGCGUGCGGAGGUCCGAGGUGCGCAUCUACUACGACUACACGGACGUCUAG